AUGGGGAGGUCUCCUUGCCCUUCAAUAGAUUCCCACAGAAGGGCCUGGAAUGCCGAGGAAGAUUCUAUUUUAGCUAAUUACAUAAAAAACCAUGGCGAUUGUCUAUGGAAUUAUGUGCCAAUCAAAACAGGGUUAAAACGGAGUGGAAAGAGCUGCAGAUUGCGAUGGAUGAAUUAUCUUCGCCCUAAUAUGAAACGUGGAGAUAUUUCCCCAUUUGAAGAUGACCUCAUUAUUAAAAUGCAUCGUCUGCUUGGCAAUAGAUGGGCACUGAUAGCAAAACGUCUUCCUGGUCGAACAGAUAAUGAAAUAAAAAACUACUGGAAUACUCAUCUCAACAAGAGGGUUGCAAAAUCUCACAAUUCUAAUACAAGAGAUUCUUCUUCUACUUAUAUUGAAGAUAAUGGUAUAGCCAUGGAAACAAAGCCAUUGACAAGUCCUGGAACGUUAAUAUCAGAUGGGUUUGAUAGUUCUCCUGAUAUUAAGGAGAAGGAAGAUCAUAACUUUUGUUUCAGUGAUGAUCUGCAUGCCUUGACUGAAAACAAAUACUUGGAUGAAAUUGGUUCCUUGGAAAGCAUUAUAGAUCUGGGAAAGAGUGUUGAGAGCGACGUAAUAGAAGACACGAGUUUUGCAGUCAAAAUGCUUGAUAACCAUGAUCAAUCGGGAUUACAAUAUUCGCUGAAAUCAAGUUUACAGUUGUUAAGACAAAUCUUAGAAUUCGAAGAGGAAUAA